UUACGGAUCACGUAAUUCCGGCAAGACUCAUAUAAUCAAACAGUUGGUAGGCGAAAAGCGAUUUUUCUAUGGUGAAAUAUAUAUAUGUAAAGUGAAUACUAAACGUAAGAUUAAGGAUGCGUAUGUGCAUAUGGGCUAUUGUCCUGAGAGUAAGGGUUUGAUAAGCGCCUUUACGCCACGUCAACUUUUAACGCUAUUAUUUCGAAUACGCGGUCUACCUCAGAAAGUUAUAACGGAAAAGAUUCGAGAAAUUUCGAUCUCGUUAUGCUUACAAGGACUUAUUAAUAAAAAAAUUGGACAAUUGCCCCGUUCAAUAAGACGUCGUGUGAGCAUCGCUAUUGCUUUUAUGGCGAACAGUAAUGUAUUGAUUUUAGACGAACCGACAAGGGGCCUGCCAGCAAUUGAAAAACGCCUUAUAUGGAAUGUAUUGCGUUAUUUACGUUAUUGCGGUAACUCGAUAAUAUUUGCUACCACAGAUAGUCAUGAAUGUGACGUAUUGGCCGAUACCGUUUUAGUCGUGGAUGACGGCGUAAUGUUAGCUAUAGGAAGUGCUCAUUAUUUACGGCAGAAAUUUACCGUAGGUUUCUAUUUAGAUAUUAAACUUCGAUUGGAUGGCUCCACGGAUGAGGAAACUGACAAGAAUUUGAAAAUAGAUUUGGAAAACGUUUCUCGUUUCAUAUCAUUUCUUCAUAGCAGUUCGGAACUGAUAAAAGUCAAUAGUAAUGUAUUAAUAUACUAUGUGCCCGUCGAGGAUGUCAGUUAUUCGUAUCUAUUUGGAUCGUUGGAGAAAAAUCGACGUCGUCUGAAUAUAUCUGAAUAUUCCGUAUGUCACGGAAGUCUGACCAAUGGUAUGGAGAACAUAUUAAAAGCACGUUUGGAAAAAAGGAAAUUUUCAAAAUCGACAUAA